CCGAGCUUCAAUCGCAACCAGGAUUUGUAUUGUCGUGUUUCUGCACGUCGUUACAUUUUUUUAUGUUCGUAUUAAUCCAUGCUUUUGUGCAGACCUCGCGUUUCUGUAUCUUCUGUGCGUCAACAGUUCGACAACUGUCGCCAGAAACGAUUGCAGCUAUCGCCGUUGUGUUAACUUCUGUGCUUCCAACAAUUCCAAUAUUCACUCCAAGUUCAGACUUCAGACGUGUUUGUGCAAUUGUUGUUGUAAGAGCACUUUCUCAGACACCUUCAAAAUGUGGAGCCGCCUCUUUAGCGCGUUCAAAGACCCCCAGGCCGCCCCUGGCGACAUAAACCUCCUGCUUUUUGGUGAAACCGGCGUAGGAAAGUCCACUUUCAUAAAUUCCAUCUCGAACUACUUCAACUAUUCCAACUUCAAGAAAGCCCAACGCAGCAAAAUCGAGGUUCUUAUCCCCGUCUGCUUGAACCUUUCGGACAAAACCAAAAUCUGCGGAACCGCGGACGAAAACGAAGCCCACGAAAGCGGCAAAUCCGCCACCCAACACGUCAAAGUGUACUUAUUCCCCAUCAAAAUAGGCGGGAAAACUUUCAAUUUAAGAUUGGUUGAUACUCCAGGAGUCGGAGAUCCCCGAGGCAUGGAACAGGAUAACAUCAACCUCGACAAUAUUCUAGCGUACUUGGCGACGUUGAAGAAACUCCACGCUAUUUGCUUCAUCAUGAAGUCCAACCAGACGAGAUUCACCAAGUUCGUCGAGUACUGUUUGAAGCAGAUCUUGGUUCGGUUGGACAAAAGCGCCAGCCAGAAUAUUAUGUUCAUCACUACGUACAGUAAGAGUGCGCAGUAUACCGCUGGAGAGACCAGGAUUCACUGUUUGGAGCCGCUGGUCCGCGAUAUCCAGUCGAGACCUCCCAACGUGAGUAUCCCCUUGAGCGACAAAAACAUCUUCGCUUUGGACAACGAGGCCUUCAAAGCACUCUUGGAGAUGCAAGAAGGUAAAACCUUCAGCAAGUACGAAUUGGAAGGUCUGGCUCACAGCUGGGACAUCUCGUCGAAGGAAAUUCGACGCUUGUUGGCGUACAUUAUCGGGGACGCCAGAACCUCAGCACUGAAGCCCCACGAGGUCGAAAACACCAUCAGUGUUAACGAAGUGAGGUUUCUGAUUGAGCAACUCGCGACUCCUAUUGCUGAGGUGUCGGAGCUCAUUCAGGACAACCUCAGGUUGCUGGAGAGGCACAAGAGGAACCUGAGUUUGGAAAACCAAACCCUCGACGAGCUCAAGGACCAGCUGUUCAUACCUUGUGUCGACCUUGAAGUUAAGGAAUUGUCGCAGCCUGUCACCGUGUGCACGGACUCCAAGUGCGCCGACGUCAUCAAGGUGAACGACGUGACCCAGUGGCACUACAAACAGAGAUGCCACAACCCUUGCUACCUCUCGGGAAUCCCCAAAGAGAUGAUCGGCGAUCCGGGAAUUAUCAAUUGUGCCGCCAUAUCGGGCAAAGACAAGUGCCAACGCUGCGGCUGCCACUGGAAAGUCCACAUGCACAUCUACAAAGAAACCGAGAAAAUCGAAGUGCAGAAAGAAGACCAGAACGUGAAAGACGCCAUCAAGACCAAGGAGGAUGGUCGUCUCGGCAUCGAGAAGUUGAUGAAAGAGCUCAACCAGAGAAUGAAGGAACUGGAGAAAGAAGGAGGAAUCAUCUCUGAAAGCAUCGCCAAGUUUUCGUAUUUCCUGCAAGAACACGCAUUGACUCCCUUCAACGACGCCUACAGCGACUACAUCAAACAACUCAUCAAAAACGAGCAACACUUGGGGAAAUUCGGUGACAAGGAAGUCAUCGUCAAGCUGGAGAAGCUCUUGAGCAGACACGAACACCUCCAAAAGACUUUCCAAGAAAGCGCCCAAAAGUACGAAGCCGCGUCUGCAUAUUUCGACCUGAGCCCUGAAGGGAUCAAGAAGAGCAUCACCGAGCUGUACCAACUGAAGCACAUGGGGAAGACAAUCCAAGAGCUCAUCAAAAAGUCGACGGCUUCUCGACAGAAGGAAACGCAGAAGAAUUUUAACUGCGUGGUGUCUAGAGAAAUCGUUCUGGAGGAUGCGAAGAAGAAGGUCCAAGAAAGGAAGCAACGCAAGGUCGUCGACGAAAACGAGGUAGAAGGCGAUGUUGAAGCCACUUCUACCCCAAAAUGCGAAGUUCGUUACGAAUAUAGAGCAAACGGGGGUGGUUCAGACGACUAUGAUUCUGGAGAAAGUAGGUCUACUACCAAAUCCGAGAGGUCCACCAAAAGUAAACCAAAGCGACUAGAAGAAUCUCCAAAGUCAUCUAGAAACGACAAAGAAGACGAGAAAAAGUCAAAGCAUCGCUCCAAGGAAACCAUCAAGAAGUCCAAGUCCGAAGAGAAGAGAUCUGACCAAGCUUACAAGAGAAAUCAAAAUGAUGAUGACUCUGAAAGUGAUGCGUCUACGGAUUCGAAUGUUAGCUGCGAUUUGUCGGGCGACUCUGAAGAUCGCCGAAGUGGAGACAAAGGGCAACGUCAUGUCGAAGAAUAAGAAUAAAUGUCUACGUUUUAAUUAAGUAUUCCACGUUUUUUAAGUAUUAGUUGUGGUUAGAACUUUGUAUUGCAGUUUACAUUCCAAUAAAUAUUUUUCAAAAGCAA